AUGUCAGGUCCCUCAGCACAACCAGGCCAACGUCAGGCAAUUGUGAGAGCAACUCACGGGUUUGAAGGGAACCGCAGGCCACGCGACCGUUUGAUCAAACGUUCCUUCUCUUCAAUUGCCAAAGCAACGAAAAUCCAAUGCGCUGCUAGCCCUGGCAUCAUGGACGAAGACCCAAUCAACAUCGACACAGACCUUCGCGAGAGGCUCAUCGCGGCCACAAGAGCGGGUGGUGGCACCGCAACAUGGUCAAUCCUCAAGACCUUAGACAAAACCAGUGCCAAGCCCGACAAACAGUUCGAAGAACUUCCACAAAAUCCUUCCUCCGGCACUCAGCCAACAACUCGUCAGCCAACUUGCCCCUGCGCCAACCAGGAUCCACAAGAGCAGUCUCGACAGAUCCAGCGAAUCGUGAACACGCCUAAAAACGCAAGUUCCGACAUACUCUGUUUGAAUGACGGUACAAACAUGCCCGCCUUGGCCAAAGCGAGUUGGCUGGCUUUAUCGUACUUGGUACACCCGCAGCAUUGCCAGCACCCCAAUGCCCCUGAGGCACUAAUCCGCAUCAACGAUGCGUUUUCCUGGAUAUCGAGACAUCCUGGAGAGAGACAACAGCCUCUCAUAUCAGUGUCACCUCCAACAACAUCGCCUCUGACACCCGCACCCCUGCUUCUGCCACCUGCGCCUCCAGCCAAGUCAGAGAGCCUCUUUCAGUUGCCGGCACUCGACCAUCCAGCACUCAGCCAUCCAGCACUCAGCCAUCCAGCACUCAGCCAUCCAGCACUCAGCCAUCCAGCACUCAGCCAUCCAGCACUCAGCUAUUCAGCCCUCAGCCAUCUCGCCCAGCCCAGCCAGUCCGGUCAGCUCGGUCAGCUCGGUCAGCUCGGUCAGCUCGGCCAGCUGAACCAACAGCUCCUCAAUUUGCCCAGCCUAGCCUGCCAACGGUCUGGCCUGCCCGACCUGAUGGGUCUGUCCCACCGCCAAUCAGGGUAUAUGGCCCCCGGCCAUCUGCUCAUGUCUUCAGAAACCGAGACGGUACACUCAGAGUCCGCUCAACGGUUGGCUGGCAAUUUCUAA